GAAGGAGAGCCCCAGUUCAAGCCACGGUUUGCUCUUUCCCCUCCAAGAUGGAGGCUUUGGGAGGUUAUCCUACCAGGUCCUCCAACCCAAAAGCGAAAAAGUUAACUGUGCUGUUGAGCAUGACGGUGGGUGUGGGGUGUUUAUUUCUUCUGCAAACCCAGCUGGUGAAACCCAGAAAACCGAAGGAUUUUUAUUCUUUCGAGGUGAAGGACGCGAAAGGGAGGACGGUUUCUCUGGAGAAGUACCGAGGAAAAGCGUCCUUAGUUGUAAACGUGGCGAGUUACUGCCAGCAGACGGAGGCGAACUACAAGUCUCUACAGGAGCUCCACCGGGAGCUGGGCACCUCUCACUUCAACGUCCUGGCCUUUCCCUGCGGACAGUUCGGGGAUACGGAGACCGGAACCAGCCGGGACAUCGAGGUUUUCGCCAAGUCAGCCUACGGCGUUACCUUUCCUUUCUUCAGCAAGAUCAAAAUAAUGGGAUCAGAGGCUGACCCUGCUUUCAAAUUCCUCACAGAUUCUGUGAAGAAAAUUCCAAAGUGGAACUUCUGGAAGUUUCUGGUGAACCCAGAAGGGAAGGUGGUUCGAUUCUGGCGAACAGAGGAGCCCAUGGAAAGCAUCAGAGAAGAGGUCACAGCGAUGGUGCGGGAAAUCAUCCUAAAGAAACGAGUGGAGCUAUGAUGGCCCCUAGUGAUCGGUACUGGACAUAGCACUGCUUUAUGUCUGUGUUUCCUGAGCUGUGGCAGCCAGGAAGAACUGAACUGUUGACAGUGAGUGUUGCUUGGAGAGGGUUGUCGUUCCAGAAAGAUGCAAGAUGAAAAUAUCAGGCAAUCACCGUGAUGCAAUGCAAGUCAGAGUGUGUGUGCGUGUGUAAAUGAGUGUAUGUGGGGAAGUUUAUUCUGUGGUCAAUGAUGAGCAUUUCUUAUAAUGACCACUGCUGCAGCUGCAGUGGUUAUUUAGCUUUUCAGUUGUUGGCAUUUUGAAAUGUUCAGCUUUCCUUCUUUUCAUCUCUCCAGUGUUUACAUUAAAAUCUUUUUUUAAGAGGAAGCAAAUUAAUUGAGCCUGAUUUGACUGAUUUGAGCCCAGCAAACUGUGCAGCAUCUAUCCAACAAUAAAAUGCUCUCAUAAGUAUUUGAUUUAA